CGCGCCCUCGCGUUGGGCCGGGCCGCGCGGGCAUGGGCGGGGGCCUGCGCCGGGGCGCCAGGCCAGGGCGCGCGGCAGCUGGAGCGCGCGGGCCGCGGCGGUGAGCGGCGCCGACGUCCCCGCGGGGGCGCCCGGGACCCCGCCAUGCCGCGCCCAGCGCCCCGCCUGUGGCUCGCGCUGCACGUCCUGGGCUCGUGCGCCGCCAUCGGCUCGGUGGACUUGGAGCGCGCGGGCGACGGCCAGUGCCAGCCCAUCGAGAUCCCCAUGUGCAAGGACAUCGGCUACAACCGCACGCGCAUGCCGAACCUGAUGGGCCACGAGAACCAACGCGAGGCGGCCAUCCGGCUGCACGAGUUCGCGCCGCUGGUGGAAUACGGCUGUCACGGACACCUGCGCUUCUUCCUGUGCUCUCUCUACGCGCCCAUGUGCACCGAGCAGGUCUCCGCGCCCAUCCCCGCCUGCCGCGUCAUGUGCGAGCAGGCCCGGCUCAAGUGCUCGCCCAUCAUGGAGCAGUUCCACUUCAGGUGGCCCGACUCGCUGGACUGCAGCCGGCUGCCCAGCCAGAACGACCCCAACUACCUGUGCAUGGAGGCGCCCAGCAACGGCUCCGACGAGCCCAGCCGCGGCGCCGGCCUCUUCCCUCCGCUCUUCCGGCCACAGCGGCCCCCGGGUGGCGGCGCUCAGGAGCACCCGGCCCAGGACGGGGCCGCGGGGCGCGCAGGCUGCGACAACCCGGGCAAGUUCCACCACGUGGAGAAGAGCGCGUCGUGCGCGCCGCUGUGCACGCCCGGCGUGGACGUGUACUGGAGCCGCGCAGACAAGCGCUUCGCCGUGGUCUGGCUGGCCGUGUGGUCAGUGCUCUGCUUCUUCUCCAGCUCCUUCACCGUCCUCACCUUCCUCAUCGACCCUGCGCGCUUCAGGUACCCCGAGCGCCCCAUCAUCUUCCUGUCCAUGUGCUACUGCGUGUACUCCGUGGGCUACAUCAUCCGGCUGUUCGCAGGCGCGGAGAGCAUCGCCUGCGACAGGGACAGCGGCCAGCCCUACGUCAUCCAGGAGGGGCUGGAGAGCACGGGCUGCACCCUGGUCUUCCUGGUGCUCUACUACUUCGGCAUGGCCAGCUCGCUCUGGUGGGUGGUCCUCACGCUCACCUGGUUCCUGGCCGCCGGCAAGAAGUGGGGCCACGAGGCCAUUGAGGCCCACAGCAGUUACUUCCACCUGGCCGCCUGGGCCAUCCCGGCGGUGAAGACCAUCCUCAUCCUGGUCAUGCGCAGGGUGGCGGGCGACGAGCUCACGGGCGUGUGCUACGUGGGCAGCAUGGACGUGAACGCCCUGACGGGCUUCGUGCUGGUGCCGCUGGUCUGCUACCUGGUGGUCGGCACGUCCUUCAUCCUGUCGGGCUUCGUGGCCCUGUUCCACAUCCGCAGAGUGAUGAAGACGGGCGGGGAGAACACGGACAAGCUGGAGAAGCUGAUGGUGCGCAUCGGCGUCUUCUCCCUGCUCUACACCGUGCCGGCCACCUGUGUGAUCGCCUGCUACUUCUACGAGCGCCUCAACAUGGAGCACUGGAAGGCGCUGGCAGCGCAGCACAGGUGCCGCGUGGACAACCGGACCAAGACGCUGGACUGCCUGAUGGCCGCCUCCAUCCCCGCCGUGGAGGUCUUCAUGGUCAAGGUGUCCAUGCUGCUGGUGGUGGGCAUCACCAGCGGGGUGUGGAUCUGGACAUCCAAGACCCUGCAGUCCUGGCAGCAGGUCUGCAGCCGCAGGCUGAAGAGGAAGAGCCGCAGGAAACCAGCCAGCGUCAUCACCAGCGGGGGGAUUUACAAAAAAGCCCAGCACCCCCAGAAACCGCACCUGGGGAAGUUCGAGCUCCCCGUGCAGCCGCCUGCCUGCGUCUGAGGGGAGAGGGUGGGUACUGGGCAGGCGCGGCCCGUGCUGGGACGUUGCUUGUGUUUUUUUUAAAUAAAAGUUUUUUAAAAAAAUAUGGAGAAAUAAAAAGUGUCCACCCUGA